AGAGAAGGUAUGGCUCGCACCAAGCAAACAGCCCGCAAGUCCACCGGCGGCAAAGCGCCGCGCAAGCAGCUGGCCACCAAGGCGGCCCGCAAGAGCGCGCCGGCCACGGGCGGCGUGAAGAAGCCGCACCGCUACCGGCCCGGCACGGUGGCCCUGCGCGAGAUCCGCCGCUACCAGAAGUCCACGGAGCUGCUGAUCCGCAAGCUGCCGUUCCAGCGGCUGGUGCGCGAGAUCGCGCAGGACUUCAAGACCGACCUGCGCUUCCAGAGCUCGGCCGUGAUGGCGCUGCAGGAGGCGUGCGAGGCCUACCUGGUGGGGCUCUUCGAGGACACCAACCUGUGCGCCAUCCACGCCAAGCGUGUCACCAUCAUGCCCAAGGACAUCCAGCUUGCCCGCCGCAUCCGCGGGGAGAGGGCAUAAAUUGUUACCGAGUGUCAGCGUUCUAUCCAAAGGCUCUUUUCAGAGCCACCUAUAGUUUCAUCUUGAGGAGCUGUACUGCAAGGAAAUUGAAUUCCCUCAAGACAGUGGUGGAGCAGGGCAGGACUCCCUCUUUUCCAAAGAAUCCAUGUACCAACAGCAGGUAAGAAUGAUCAUCCUUCCACCCUCAGUCCUCCAUGUAAGAGCCCCUGACAAAAAAUAAAUAAAUAAAUAAAUAAAUAAAUACAUACAUACAUACAUACAUACAUACAUACAUACACACACACACACACACACAC